GCGGCUGAGUCACGGCGGCGGCGGCGAUGAGGCAGCCGCAGCCGCGGGCGGUGUCGUUGUCAUUGUCGCUGUCGCUGUCCCCUCUCGCCGCCUGAGGAGCCGUCCGCGCCCACCCGCCCUGCUCCCCGCGCUCCGCCCGCCGCGCCCGGCGCCGCCGCCACCAUGAUGGAGGAGAUAGACCGGUUCCAGGUGCCCGCCGUGCGCGCCGAGAUGCAGCCGCUGGAUCCAACAGCUGCCGCUAUUUCGGACAGAGAUUGUGAUACGAGAGAGGGAGAGACUGUAGCCAUGAACUAUAAGCCAUCCCCACUUCAAGUGAAAUUAGAGAAGCAGAGGGAGCUGGCUCGGAAGGGCUCCCUGAAGAAUGGCAACAUGGGAAGCCCGGUUAAUCAGCAGCCCAAGAAGAACAACGUGAUGGCACGAACAAGGCUCGUCGUUCCCAAUAAGGGCUAUUCGUCGCUAGACCAGAGUCCGGAUGAAAAGCCCCUGGUGGCCCUGGAUACAGACAGUGAUGAUGACUUUGAUAUGUCCAGAUAUUCCUCCUCGGGAUACUCAUCAGCUGAGCAGAUCAACCAAGACUUGAACAUCCAGCUGCUAAAGGAUGGGUACCGGUUAGAUGAGAUCCCAGAUGACGAGGACCUCGACCUAAUCCCCCCGAAAUCGGUCAAUCCUACCUGCAUGUGUUGCCAAGCCACCUCCUCCACCGCCUGUCACAUCCAGUAGUGAGGCCGGCAGGCUGUGAUCAGUGCUUUCCACUAUAACUGUAAAACUUAACAGCCAUUGCUUCCUCCUAUGGUAGGACGUGCACCUCUUUGUGUUCAUGGAGCCAGGAGAAACCAAAAAAUUCAUUUUAUGAUUGGUUGAUAAGUUAUUUUAAACUAUGGUAAAACGAAAGAGAAGUUGUUCAAAGUGCCAGGCAGUGCCUGGCAGAACUUAUUGGUCUGGAGAGCGAAUGCAGAGGGGUCCAGAGAUACCUCCUUGGUUUGUUUAGGCACUGGGGAUAUUUUGUAAAGUGUCUUUUUCCAGAAUGGGAGAGGUCAGRUGGGACUUCAGGUAAUCCUGCCCACUGAAACCAAUCCAUCUGAAAGAUUAGGGCAAGUUGGAGGUAUCAAAGUGUUUUACCAAUGAGAGGAAGUCAGUUCUUAAUUCAUUCACUAAACCUGUUUCAUUUGCAUAACCAAAAUUAUACUAUAACUGGGGCACAGGAAUGGGGACGGACCAGGGCAUCCUUUCUUAUGGCAAGGCUAGCCAGGACUAGCAUGACACAAUUCMUUCACUUGCAAAAGGGACAAAUAGGUGACAUUUCACUGUGAGUCAGUACUAGCUAGAGCUGUUGUGUCACAUAGCCAAUGCAAUCUACCCUUAGCGCCACAUUAAAUUAGCACCAAACACAUCAGAUUCGAUCUGCAAUCCAUUCGUGUACUUCAGGGGUUUGCUCUUUGCCCAGGAAUACCAACCAUACUCGUGAGUUUGAUUCAGUCAUGUAUUCUGACUUCAGCCUGUAUUUAAUCCCUGUGCARCCCAUCUCUUUCCAAAAAUCUGAAACUUUGUUUAACUGAGAAGAAAUUAAUCCUGCAUGAGUCAGGACUAGAGAUGUACAGCCCAAACGGCAGUGCUGAAAAAACUAGUUGAAGAAAGCACAUUUUAACUGUGCUUGACUCUUGAUAUUCUCUUGACACUGUGUCUCUGGGUGCUUGUCGGAGAGAUUCAUUAAUGCUGAAGUCAUCAGUGUGGUGGGGUCAGACUUGAGAGGAGUUUUCAGCAGCAACAGAGUAAUGAAUAACUUCAGCUGAAAGAUACUCAUGAGAGGAAACUACUGCUCACCCCCUACCUGCCCACCUCUGAGCCAGGCAUGGUCUGUGUUACUACUGUCCCAUGUCAGGGGCAGUUGUGUUUAUUCGGUGCUGGAAAAAGUUAGGAAAUCUGUUACAUUAGGUUGCUGGGCUGAGSUGCCAGUUCACCAGCAGAUUGUUUUGAAUGCAAAAUCACUUGUGAAAUUAGGAAACAUGUCCUCUCACUGGCCAGUCUUGCACUGCUGGCUUCAGUAUGUACAAGGGAUGGGCUUGCAUUUUUCUCCGUGUUGAAAUCUUUUGCCACAGGCACAAUUCUUGUGUUUCCUGGCCUUUCAGGAGGAAGGACCACCUGCCUUGGGUCAUCAACUGCUUUGUAGCCUGGGARUGGAAAAAAAUUAGGGCAGUCCUGAGCUUCCCAUCAGACCCAUUCCUGAGUUACAAAGCAGAGCCUGAGCUCCACCACAACAGGCAGAUCCCUCAUCUGAAAUCUGCAUGAACUGAGUCUUUAAGAAGUUCUAUUCAUAAUUAGCAGGGGAUUUAUUUAACAUCCUGGGGAUACACUCUGUGCAGUGCAAAGCUCAAUACCAGCCACUGUGUGAGUGAAGAAGCGGGCACACAAGGUUCCCAGGCUUCACUAUUCACUGGAUGGUAUGGACAAUUUUAAAGCUGUGCUUUUCCCCUCUGCCUAAAACAAMAUGCUGCCACUCUGGUUCCAGGCCAUAGAAAGAGGACUUGAAUGGUGCUGUUYACUGAGCAUCCCUGUGUCUUCAUGCAGAAGUGGUGGUUAGCUUGCCAACUCGUGUAGGGAAAGUGUUCCUCAAGUGAAUUCUUCUCCUUUUCUCAUCACCUGGUAGUGCUAAGGGGGAAUAUUUCCAAAAUACAGCUCAGGUUGAGGUUAUCAAGUUGGCUGAAGUCGGGGGAAGUAGAGAGUAGAGAGAAAGAUGAAAGGGAAAAACAUUCCUUAAGGAGUCUUUUUUUAAAUAGGGGAUAUAGUCAAAAACUGAUAGAAACACCAUGGUCAAACCAAAUCCAGUAGGAUGUGACCAAGGCUCUUUAAAUCUUCACACUUCUGGAGAGGGACUUGCAGUUCAGCAGUGGUACCAUGGAAUGUCUUCAUCGCAUUCAUCCUCCUGGGUCAGUCUCUGUGCCUUCCAGCCAGGCUGCAGAAGCUCAGCCUUUCCCACAGCCCUUGCUCAGGAGCUCGGAGCAUUUCGGAGUUGCCUGCUAGAGCAACGAGCUAUCUCUUCACCUGGGCCAGCUACUGAGGACUGCACAUCUCACAGGUCUCCAUCAUGCUUCUAUCACAAAAUCAUGCCAUCAUCUAGGUUGGAAAACACCCUUAAGGUCACUGAGUCCAGCCAUAACUGAGCACUGUCCUGUUCAGUCUAGGGUAGAAUGAGGCUUGUUGGUACUGCUGUGUCCCAGGGAGAGGYUCUUGUCCUCGGAAGGACACACUUCCAUUCAGUGGACUUGGCAGUGCYRRGUUAACAGUUGGACUCUAUGAUCUUAAAGGUCUUUUCCAAUCUUAGAGUGAUUCUAUGACACCCACUGUCCCAUGGCAACAUGACCAAAUCCUUUUGUUGCCCCUGUCGCUGGUUUUUGCCUGCCAUGUGCCCUGAGGCAUUCCCCAACCCUGCAACUGCCUUCAGCCCUUUGCAUUUUGUGAUGUGCAUCUGCUUCUAGCACAGCCCUUUAGGAAGGGAGGGAGAUGAACUCAAAUGUUACACCCAGUGCUUCCUCCAAAUACAAACUGAAGCACAACCCAAAUGUUUUUGCCUGUGCACAGGAGUCGGUUGCACAAAUAAUUGGUUUUGGCGUGACAGUACAGGACCAUAAAAUGGAAAUUUUUUGGCUUCUCCUCUCUAUGCUUGUGUUCAUAUCUUUUACUAGGGGAAUAAAGUAGAAAGGGUGGGGAAAAGUAGUUACCUGUGUAGGGUUGUUAUCAGAAAGGCUGAGUGGGUUAAGGCAAUUCACAUGUGGCUGUCAUAGAAAACUGAACACUAACCCUUCUGAACUGCAGCCCCUUCAGCAGGUUAGACCAUGCAGCAUGUUUKUUGGCUCAUUAUGGAAUACAGAGGACUGCCUGUUGGUAUGUAUCAACCACAGAUGAGGCUGGUUCUCCCUGUCUGGUCUCAUGUUCAGACCUUUGCUUAAGCCAGUAGGUUUUCCUUAUGCCCUCAGAGUCACAGAAUGGGUAAGGCUGGAAGGGGUCACAGCGGGAUCAUCUGAUCCAGCAUCUCUGCUCAAGCGACCCAUGUUGGAGGUUAUGCUGUGGUGAUUUCCUGGAAAGCUGUGGAGAUGAAUGGCUCCUCUGGCACUGCUUUCCUUAGACCAGUCUCUGCCACCAUGGCCWGAAGGCAGAAGGAAAGAGCACAGACUCUAACUUUGUCACAGCAUUUCURCCAAGUAUACAGAGCUGCUGGGCACUCUCCUAAAGGCAGGUGGCAUGCAAGAAAGAAAAUUGUUCCUUCCUCCAGUCUUUGCACCAAACAAGAUGGUCCUCUCCGGCCACAUUUUCAAUCUAAAGUUGUACAGAAAACCCAAGGGAGGAAUACCAUGGAGUGUGAAAUGGCAUCACAGUCUAUCUAAAUUACCAUGCAAAUAGGAUGUAUGGAUAUUGAUGCUGGUGCCUCCACAAAGGAAUUUGCAUUUGAUGCCUCCUAAAGCCAGACUGGAUUUUUCUUAGGAUUUUAUGUAAUGUCAGUCACCAAGUUACCUGAGUUUAAGCAAAUCCUAUUCUUUUAUUAGAUGUUAGUAAAAUAUCAGAUAGUAUCCUUUAAUGUGAGCUAGAUUUGGACUCCAGGUCUCAGCACUCUGUUCCAUCUCUCUGAUCUGCAAACUUCACAUUUCCACAUGUCUGUGAGGAGGAACAUCCUCCUAGUCUUAAGGAAGGUCUAUAGAUAGCAUAAUGUCUGCUUUUCUAGUGUUGGUAAAUAAAUUCUGGCUGAAAGGAAGUUGAUGCCCAUCCUGAAGGGUCAUUUGAUAUCUCAUCAUACACAUCUUGAAGUCAGCCUUUUAUAUAGCCUGGGUGAUGUCUGACAUUGCUGCAUGUCUGUCCCURAGUCGUGUGCUUGUCCAGUGGGUCUGCUGUGCUCUUCUGGCUGGCCUGCCUGCAGAUGCUUUGCAACUGAAAAACCAGAUGACCAUUGCUGCUACAUGGACUUGGAAAGGGAUUUCAGGACAGCUCCCCCAUGGACAGGACAGACUGGGCUCACUCUGGUUUGUCUCACCAGCUUUUGUCCCAAAAGCAGACACCCGCUGAGUUCAGCCGUUUGCUGGCUGAUGCACAGGUCUGCAGUCCUGAGCAGAAUCCUUUUGUGCACAGUCUAACCCUGGGCUGGCCUGCAGGCUGUGCAGGAGAGUGCAGGAGGCACCCUGUGUGUGACUCAAAAGAAACAUGAAGAUGCUUUUGAAGAAAGGAAGGACCCAGCUGGGAAACAGAUGGAACAACAGGAAAAGGCAAACAAGCAAUAACUAGAAAGAUUGCCAAGUGCUUUCUUGGCCUAGGGCAGAUCCGAGUUGUCCGAGUUGAUCCGACUCAGUGCAGUGCUGAUGCCAGCAGGGAGCAAAGCUUGCUUUCAAAUGUAGGCACCAGAAACACCACGUCCCUGAGCUGGCACCACAGCCAAAUACAACUGCUGGACUCAGAGUACAGAAAUGAGAUCUGGGGUCCUUGCUGCUCUUGGUAUUUGCUCUAACCUCAGGCAAAUCACAUCCCUUCUUGAUGUCCAUUCCCUUCUGCAGCACAUGGGAGAAAUUUACCUUCCUUAAGUGCUACCAUCAUCCUGCAUAGAUAUUGCCCAGUGUGUGGGAGACACCAUUGAUAAUUCAGCUCUGCAAGCAGGAUGUAAAUACCAUGUCACAGAAAUUUAAUUCCUAUUUGCAAAGUACUGCUCUGCUUUCCCUCUGUUUACCAUCUUCUGAUGUUUCUCACAUGUGCCAGAAGGCAGCAGGGUGGAGGAUAUUAGAGAGGUUAAACAUCUUUGGAGAAAGAUGUUUGUCAAGGAUAUGUUUUUCAUUUUCUUGUCAGCUGACUCUUGCACAAUUGGCUUCUGGGUUUGCCUGCUCCCACAGGGAACAUGUUACAAGGAUUUGGUGGCCCAAUAGCACCAUCCACUGAUAGCAAAAUCAAGGAAUUUAGAAGUUCAGCAUGGGGUGUUGAGUAGCGAUGAGGGAGAACAGAGGAUUGAAAGGAUCAUUUUUGGGAUAGUGCCAUAGCAGUUUCAUGCUCUUGCUUUUAGCAAACAUGUAAUUAUCUUAGCCUUUAAAACAGCUGGUUCUGCCUAGGCUCCUCCUUUCCUUUUCCAUCCUCACUUCAAACCCAGCUAGGGUAUUGCCACUCUUACCUGGAAUGCCAUAGGCUUUGGCACCUGGCUGCUACUUGGCUCAGCAAGCUUAGGCUGCAUGUUCAAGAGCAACAUCUGCAUAGUGGGGCAGUGCCACAGGGCUAGCUGGGGAGGCAUGGGAAGGUCUUCAUUUUAAGCUGCUUUUCACCUCUAGGCAUACUUGUCACUUCCUUUCAAGUCUCAGCURUGAGAGGGAUUGCUCCAAACCACAUCUCAUCAGACAAACCCACCUUUGUUACAGAGCCACAAAAGCCCUGAAGCAAAAGGGCCGGGAAUUUAGCAUAGAGGGAGAUGUUGUGGCCUGCGAUUAUCUAUAGAACAUCAGUGGAGGUUUCUCACAGGGAUUGUGGGCCUUAUUUCAACUUCCUGUACUAUGUAGCUGAGCUGCCGCAUUGCUUCCCGAAAAUUACAGCUACAUCCCUUCCUUUGCCCCACUUGACAUUGCUGGCAGUCCUCAGAUGACACAGCUGAAUGCUGCCUGGAGUAGAGCCCCAUGUCCCACGCAAGCAUGCUGCAAACCCUGUCAACAGGCUGUGGCAGGACAGUGCAGCUUCCCCUGCUGCCUGUGGAGAGCAGCUUUUCCCAUUGCUUCACAGACCAUUUGCCACUAGUGGCUUUGAGCCUUUUGCUUUCUCUAAAAAGCUGCUCCAACAGAACAUGGAUUUGCUCCUGGAAGGUGCUCACGGAUGGUGCCUGGCCUGUGGAGCCGUUUCCAUGGUAGCAAAUGGUGAUACAGGUGGUGAGAUUGGGUCAAGGAGUGGAAGGUACAAAAUAAACCUCACUGAAAUGUGGCUGUUUCUGACAUGCCACUGGAAAACAGCACAGUAGGCACCAGGAAAAGAAAAGGCCAAUCARCGACAUGCUAAGUCCCAUAGCUGCUGAGAUAUUUACCCUCCCAGAGCAGUAUUUCUCCCCUAGCUGCCCUUGCAGCUGUCCCRGGUGAGCUCUCUGGGAAGCACUGCUCUUUACCCAGGCUGCCUUCUUGCUUCUGCAACUCCWUUUGUUACCCACCUUCCUCAAGCCUCUGUGAUUUGGGAGACACAGCUUGUUGAGAGAUGUAAUACAGACAGAUGGAAAGGGCUGAAAAACUUGGGCAAGCACUCUUCAUGACAGACCUUCAUAUCCAUUCCCAGUUCACAGAUUUGUUUGUUCAGUUUCUUUGCACGGAAAAGCUGCAGUGUUCAAACUAAGACAAACCCCAAGCAAAAGUCAGGCCAGCUGUAGGUCAGUCAAUAGGGUGAGAGUCAGGAGGCUGGCAUUUCUCUUCACCCACAUGAAGGCUGUGGGGCUGAGGAUUCACCAGGUUUGUGGAAAACCUGGGGAGUUCCAGCCCAGCAAGCCGGAUGCCUUUACCCUCCCAGCCUCAGAGCUGUGUGAGGGCUGGGGCCCAAGCACCAGUCCCAGACCUGCCAGCCCAYGUGCUCCUGGUGUGGGCUGGAAUCCUGCAGCAGAGGCCCUGGUGGGCAGCCUGUUGGCUCUGCUUUUGCUGCGCUGGGGCAGAGAGCUGUGAGACACUGGUGGGGCUGUAGUUCUGCCAGGAAAAAGACUCUGGUGGAGGAUGAAGUCUUUGCAGGGGAGACAGUUCAGAAAGUUGGUUUUUUCCCCUCCCCUUUUUGCACUUUUUAAACCAUUCUUACUCCUUCCACAGAAGUUCUUGAACCUUCAGUUUAAUAAGGGAGAUGARCUGCCAUUAAGUGGGUUUCUGAAAAGGGUCUGAAAAAGCACAUGCUGGCUGUCACUCAGAGCCAGUCUGUGCCUGAUGUGAUUUCCAGACCUCAUUGUCCAACCUGUGGCAGAGUCACCCCAUGAGCUGGGCGAGGASUGGGGUGGGAGGGUUGGCACUGGCCAUCAUGCCAAACAGCCAUGGCUUCCCAAACUGAAGAAGAAUCAGAUCAGAAGUGGGGGAAGGAGUAGCAGCAGUAGAAGGAUAGCUAGUUGUCACAGGUAAUCUUUGGUAUCCGUGUCCAGUGGUUAGUCCUAGAAUUGCAAGCCUUGUUAUAUUGCACACACGUCCUCCUUCCACUCCCCUUUUCUCAAAGCAGCCAUUGUCUGUCCUCCCCCUGCCCCAUGCACUAGUGAUGAGCAUCAGAGGCAGUUGCACCAAAGUGAUCCUCAGCCCAGUUCUGCAUCCUCCUUUUCCCACCCGAACCCAAGGCAACACAAACAGUUGUUGGCCUUCACAAGUCUAGUAAUUGCAGUUGGAUUUCUUUCCUUGUGUACCAUGGCUUCCUUCCCAUGCACUCUAGCAGGGCAGUACAGGAGGCUCUGACCAUGUCCCAAGAAGUUUCUUUGCCCCCAGCAGCACCUUGCAGACAUGCACCUUACUGGGAAUGUACUGGGUCGAUGCUGGUGAGAUCUGGCACUGCCGAUCUUGAAUGGGUGGCAGUUAAUGGGGAUCCACCCGAGGAAGUUGGCAGAAAGUGGCUACUGUCCCUUUUCUUUUCUUUUUUGAGGGAGAGGGGGAUAUUUUGGCAUUACARUUAUUGUCCAUCUUCCAGUGGCCAAGUUCUGGGCUGCAUUAAUAAUUGGGGUUCAUUGGCUGUCCAGGCAGGUGUGGAGCCUUGCACCAACCUUAAUAGCAAAUUUCAUGGCUGUAUCCAGAGCCUGGGUACAGGAUGGGUUUCUUCCAUGCUGGCAAAGUAUUUUCAGCAGGCUCCAGAUGGACACUUCUAGCAGACAGAGAAACAGCACUCCUCCAAGUCCGGAUCAAAUCUGCAACUCCCACUUCCAUUUURUGUCCUCAGCAUGGAAAAAAAUCAGCCUAAGCAAAUGCCUUCCAGGUCUCCAUUCCCCAUUUGGUGCCUGGUGCCCCAGGGGAAGGGGUAGUGGGAGGCAUUUCAGGGUCACCAGAAGCAAGAUCCUUUUUGGAUUUAUUUAAUGGAAAUACAUUUCAGGACGGAAGACCUCCCAACCUUUGUGUUAAUCUCAAGAGCAGGAGAUGAAUUUCUGGCUGUCCUUGCAUAUAGUGAAAUAUAGCUGAAACAGCCAAACGCAAAUAGAGUUAUAUGUAGGGUUUGACCUGAAUAACCUUUUAAUUAGGAAGAUAAAUUUGUUGUAGCUUGACCUUAGUCCUUGUUAGGAACCUGCUAAUCAUUUGACAUGCAGAGUGUAUUAAUGCUGCACUUAACUUGGCCAUUGUUUUUUUUUUUAUCUGGUUUUGGGAGUUUUUUCACUCCCAAAGCAUCAGUCUGCAUCUUGUAUGGGUUUUCUUUUGUUUCUUUUUUUCCCAUUCAGAUCAUGUAGCACACUGUUGUACUUUUGUUCCCGUCUGUGUAGAGUAUUGCCUUAAACAGAUCAGUUGUGUUAUGGUUUGUUUUGGGUUUUCUCUUUUCUACCAUCAGUUUUAUGCAUUAAUUUAUUUUAAAAUGUGGGGUUUUUUUUCGAAAACAUUAAAAACGUGUAUAAUAUUUUUUUUUAACAUUUCCAUUGCAGUAUUUAUCAUUGUUACUGGUUGUGUGUAGUGUAACGGAAUUAAUGAUAUUAAAAA